CCCAAAGCAAGUAUCGUACCUCUAGACUACAAGGCCUUGAUGUAAGUCCAGAUAUGAUAACAUAUAAUAUUAUUCCACAAGGAUAGCAGACAUCGUUCGGCUGACGUUGGCUGACAUUGACGAGUUAUGUUAAAGUCCAUUAUAUCGGGCUUUGGUUCCAGUAUUCUUCUCUUGAGCGAUUAGCACUGUCUAUACCAUGCACUCCUUAAACCCCUCCACUCUUUUAGCUUUGAGACCGCUUCAUACUACACUUCCGCCAACGCAUCUCGCUUCCUCCUCGAGCUUCGAUGAACUAGUGGAGAUUGUGAGAGAGUAUGAGGCCAAUGAGAAGAAGGCCAUGGCGGAAGUUGUAGCGCAUGCAAUCGUACAGCCCAUACCCUUGCGUCGACCGAACGCAACGGUGGAAGAGAGCAAGGUCAAUGUUUUCGCACCGACGUCGGGGUGCACUGGGACGGAGGUGUCAAGAUGGGAUGAGCCUGCAGCCUCUUUCGAGGACAUGGAUGUUUACCUCAACUACUUUGAUGAAGAUGAGGAAGAGAUCACUCAGCCAUAUUCGCUCGUACAGUCGAAUGCCUCUCCAAUGCUUGGAUGGGUGCCUCCCAGUGGUUGCGAAGACAUCGAAGUCGGUCACGAGGAUCUAACGUGCUCUUCACCAAUUUCAAAUUCAACCUUACACCACGUUCCCCAGGCAUUUGAUAAACCGGUGCAUGUCCAAACAUACCUAGCCACGCUGGCUACAGACGUGAGAGCCGCAUCAAAGCCAUCGCCACAUCCCCCUGCGCAGCUUCCACGAACACGAGUCGUACUCGCCUCAACUCAACGCACAGGAGCAAAGAACAAGAGCAGAGACCGUCAAGCCAAGUCACGGGUGUCUUGUGGGUAUGGGCAACCGCCGAGGGGUGGGAUUCCUCCUGCGCUGGCUCGAGAUGUGACAAAGUCCCAUGCACUGCGCGUUGAACAGGAACAUAAGCGCAUGCGUGCUGCAGCUGCGAGAGCUGGGGAAGGGAGGAAACCCAGUGUUUUGCAGAGGGCUAAUGUGGAGACUGAGGAUGGGAUGGCGAGGAUCUGCUAAGUAGUCACUGCUGUUUGUCUCUCCUCUUGAACCGGUCCACGUGGUAUCUGUUACACAAACUUCGUUCAACGAAGACUUCAAUCAAAUAAUUUCAUGCUUUGGGCUUGUCUGCUGCGAUGAUUAUUAGUUCACUACCCACGACGACGAUGACUUUGAAGCAAUUAUUCUAGUCUGUGUGAUGCCGGGUGUUGGGCAAUGGCCGUCGUGAGAAAACCGGAAACCUGGAUAGGUUAGCUGGAAUUAGGACAGUUUCCCUUUUGCUCAGCUACAACCGUUCAACGGGUCUCACUCGCUUCUUUCCCUGCUCCAUCCAUCACCGUCU